CUGUCAGAAAGUCCGUCUCGGAACGGAAAACAAGCAGUGGUCUGACGGACUCUUAUUAUAGUUGCAACUUCCUGCAGGCUGAUGCAAAAGCCAGUUCCAGCCUGAUAUCGCUGUUUUCCCUGAUAUUGUGCAAUGUUGUGCGUUCAUGCAACAAAUACCACAACAUAACAUGAUUGCAUCAUAUAACUCUCCUUACCAUCCUGAGAGUGUAUAUGGAUGUCACUUACUGCCUGACGAAUAUCAUUAAAGAGAAGUUUGAUGAAGAUAUACUUCUCCUGUGCCUGAUUCUCUUACCGGAAUCACUGUCCAUAUUCGUCCGCCUACAGAACUGUAAAUUCUCAAACGUUGCUAGAGGUGCUACUCGGCAAUAAUUGGUCCUUCGAGCCGGAUGUGGCAACAGUAAACAGUAUGGACACAGCAGCUAGCGAUGCAUCAGAGACAGUGGUGAGACCUAAGAGACAGAGUAAACUGCCUUCCCAUCUGGGUGUCUAUGAGGUUGGCUACAUGCUUUCUGGGGACCCUCCUCCAACCACUUCUUCUCGCUGUCACAGCCAACGUAAGAGCCAGUCGAGGAAAACGUCCCAUAGUAAAGCCAGCUCCCAUUCCAGAUCCAGCAGUCAUUCCACUGUGUCUGGUGUCCAAGCUACAUCUGCACUCACAAGUAGUCAGGCAGCUAUAGUGGAGGAGAGAAUAAAACAGCGGCAGUAUGAUGACCUACUUCAGCAAAUGGAGGAGGACACACUGGCAGAAAUAGAGUUCCAGAAAUUACAAACCCAAGCCAAAGAGGCACAACGUGUUCAAGAAGAGGCUCUCAUGGCAAAGGAGGCCUUAUCUAACCAGUUAGAACGACGGCGCAAGCUGAAGAAGGCGGAAGCUGAUCUAGAAGUGGCCAAGCUGGUGAGUUCUCUGCUCAGCCAAGACACAAGUUUGACUAAUCCAGAGCAUCAAGCAUCACCAGACACAACUGGGUUACCAUCACAGUUUCAUCAUGCCAGCCCAGCCCACUCACCUGUAUUUCAACAAUCUUCCUGCCACUCCUCUUCCAUGAUGCAAGCCACACAGACGGUUACAGAGGAACAGAGCACAUUAAGGGACACACACACAGUUCAGUCAACACCCAGGCUACCUUAUUUGUCACUACAAUCGACUAUACCUGCUCAAGUUCCAGCUCUCACAGCGCAAUUGUCUUCAUGUGUAGUCACUCAAGUCCAAGGGGGACCACAUAUCACAUCUCGAGAGGACAUAUCACCUGUUCCGAGGCAGUUCAGCUCAGUAUCAAUGCCACUACCUCAAUUCAACCCCAUGAAAUCAGCAGCAAGCCAAUUUGUGACCCCCCACACGGUUAGUGUUUCGAUAUCACAGCCAGUGCCUCCUGUUGCAACUACUGCGUUAACUUCAAACGUGCACACUCCUUUUCCAAGCCGUGUAGCCCCACCUAUCAGCCAGAAUCAGCCUUUUCAAGCCCCUCAGCGUCGAGUGACAGUUUCAUCUACUGCACCCAUUUGCCCUCAAUCUUAUCCACAUCCACUUGUUCCCCAAACUGGUUAUGUACCUCAACCCGGAACAGAGCUUCUGAUGGCAGCAGCCUACGGUAUUCCUCGGCCCACACUACCAGUGUUUGAGAGCGGUACAGAAAGUGACUUUGCUUUGUUAAAACUGGCCUUAGACAAUCUAUUAAGUCACCAUACUCACAUCACUGAGCAGUACAAAUACCAAGUGUUACUGAGCCACCUGAAGUUUGCUAGUGCUCAGCAGUUGGCUAAGGCAUAUAUGCACCACCCACAGCCAUAUACCGCAGCCUUACAAGCUUUGCAGGAGAAGUAUGGCCAGCCUAGACAGCUUGUUCAAUCAGAAUUAGGUGCUAUUAUGAGUACUCCACCACUGAGAAUGGGUGAUACCAAUGCCUUUGAUUCAUUCGCCUUAUCUGUGCAAUCCCUGGUGGGCAUGCUGAGGACGCUGGAGGGACAGUACGGAUAUGAGUUAAUGUGUGGAUCUCAUGUGGAUCGUCUUCUGGGAAAGAUGCCACCCGCUUACCGAGAUGGCUUUGUAGAAUACUGUUUAAGCCAUGGUAUCCUUCAAACUGGUACGGAUAGGACCUACACUCUUCCCGACUUAGCGGCUUGGUUACAAACAAAAUCUCAAGCAAAGCGCAUCUCGAGUCAGGCUGCUGCUAUGUUUCAGUUUGACACAAAGUCACCUGUAAAGAGUAAAGGCACUUCAUAUCAUCGAGAGCGUUCAACACCUGUACUUUUGACAUCCGAGAGAACUGCUAAGCCUUCUGAGCUUGCUCGGACAAAAGCUGUUUCCAAGUUAAAGCCCUACUGUCCUCACUGCGACAGCCAAGAUCACUUUCUAAACUCUUGUGAUAACUUCAAGAGGUUGACCACCACCCAGAUCAUUACCUGGAUCACAGAGGGUAAGCGUUGUUGGAAAUGUGGUCGGAAUCAUCCAGUGGACUCCUGUAAUCUCAAGCGUCCCUGUAAAGUCUGCAAAGAACUGCACCUGACUGUCCUACAUGACUCUAUCAGAGAUACUUCAAAAGCAGUGUUAAUGGUGAGUUUACCAUCCACUCAAAUCUAUCUCGACAGACCUAACCGCUCACAGAAGGUUAUGCUUAAAGUUGUUAAGGUCCUCUUGCACAGUGGUGACCGAACAAUAGAAGCCCAUGCUGUUCUAGAUGACGGCUCAGAAAGAACAAUUGUUCUUCCUCCAGUAAUUCAGCAGCUUGGGUUGAAUGGAACUUCAGAGGUUCUCUCUCUCCAGACAAUUCAACAAGGUCAUACCAAACUUGAAGGGUCCACAGUUACCUUAGAAGUUUCUCCCAUCACUAAACCCACAGAAAGGUAUGUCAUUCGUGAUGCCUUUACUGCCUCUGCUUUGAGCCUUGCUGAACAUAAUUACCCAGUGGCAGCGCUUCAGAAAGCAUAUCACCAUCUGAAAGGUCUACCAUUGCAGUCUGUAGACAAAGUGAAACCCUUACUCCUCAUAGGGUCUGAUAUGCCACACCUCCUGACUCCUAUUCAACCAGUGCGUAGAGGAGCAGAAGGGAGCCCUGUUGCAAUAUGUACGAAGCUUGGUUGGGUACUGCAAGGCCCAAUGUGUCCGAUUCAGCCCCCUAAAGGCCAGCAACAAUGCCUGCAUCUAAUGACAGCACCAGCCCGUGACGAGUUGCAUCAACAUGUAGAGCGCUUGUGGCAGAUUGAUAUCUUGCCAUACAACGAAAAGCUGAUCACAAGAUCAAAGCAAGACCAACAAUCCUACAAACUCCUACAGUCUGCUACGGUCAGAGUAGAAGUGAAUAAUGUCCUGCGGUAUGCUACCCCGUUACUGAGGCGUACUCCUAUCACCUUGCUCUAUGCAGGCAAAGAGGCUGUGCUUCCCAGUCUCAGAAACAUUGAGAGAAAACUGGCCAAGAAUCCUGAACAAGCUCAAACCUACUGUUCGGAAAUUCAAAAGCUUGAAUCUGAAGGCUACAUUGCCAAGAUAACACCAGAGGAGGCAGACAAGUCCACGGAGUCGUGGUUCAUUCCGCACCACAUGGUGCAUCAUAAUGGGAAGGACCGAAUAGUCUUCAACUGUUCCUACCAAUACCAUGGUCAAAGCUUGAAUGAACAACUCCUUCCGGGCCCAACACUGGGGCCAUCUUUGCUGGGCGUCAUACUGAGAUUCAGACAACAUGCAGUGGCAGUGAGUGGGGACAUAAAAGGCAUGUUCCACCAAGUACGUUUGUUACCUGGUGACAAGUCGGUGCUGCGAUUCAUCUGGAGGAACAUGGAUAGGGAAGCUGACCCAGGCAUCUAUGAGUGGCAGGUAUUGCCCUUUGGUACGACCUGCAGUCCGUGUUGCGCCAUUUAUGCCCUUCAGCUUCAUGCCCAGGAACACCAAGAUGCAAUGGCUGGCUUAGCUGAUAUUGUGGACAACUCAUUUUACGUUGACAACUGUCUUCACAGUACCCCCGACCAAAGUGAGGCUAGGGCCAUUAUAGAUGGGUUGCGUCAAUCUUUGCUAAAGGGAGGCUUCGAGAUUAGACAAUGGGCGUGUAAUAUACCAUCAGUUCUCAAACACCUCCCAUCGGAAGCCAGAUCAGCUAGUAGUGAGUGCUGGUUGUCUCAGACUAGUACUGACAUGCAAGAACCUACUCUCGGCCUACAAUGGAAUUGCCUCGAUGACACCCUCGGGUACAAGAACCGCAUUGCAGAGCCUGUUCAGCCCACUAUGAGGAAUCUGUACAAGACUUUGGCGAGCCAAUUCGACCCCUUGGGUUUCAUAGUGCCAUUUACCACGAGGGCUAAAAUUCUUAUCCAGGAUCUUUGGAAACAUAACCUGAGCUGGGAUGACCCCAUCGAACCCAUACACCUGCGAGAGAUAUGGUCUAAAUGGGUUGCAGAGCUUUCUAGUAUCACCAGACUGCAAUUCCCUCGAACUUACGUGCCUGGUGGUGCUGAUGCUCCUUCCACUGUUCGGGAGCUCCAUGUCUUUUGUGACGCUUCCGAGAGGGUAUAUGGUUCUGUGGCCUACCUUCGUGUCACAGAUGACAGUAAAAAGGUCCAUGUUACCUUUGUCCUAGCUCGAUCCAGAGUGGCUCCUCGUAAGUGUCUAUCUAUGCCCCGCUUAGAGUUGUGCGCUGCACUCUCUGGAGCUCAGAUGGUGAAAGUGAUACAGGCUGAACUGACCAUUCCCAUACACAAAGUCAUAUAUUGGGCUGAUUCAACUACGGCGCUGCAUUGGUUAAAGUCGGAAUCCUGCCGAUACAAGGUCUUUGUGGGGUCGAGGGUAGCAGAGAUUCAGACUUUAACAGAUGUCACCCAAUGGAGGUAUGUGGACUCUGCUCGGAACCCAGCUGACCAUAUCACUAGGGGUCUUACCUUAGACCAAAUAGCAGGUCCUCACCAAUGGAGAUCUGGGCCAUCUUUCCUGACUGAACCACAGGAUAUGUGGCCAUUGACACCCAGUACGGAGUCCGUACCUGAUCUGAGCGAGAUGAAAAGGGCAUCCUUUGUCGGAGCAGUCACUGUCAUUCCCAGUCCAGUGCCUUCAGACCUCAGUCAAUUCAGAACCUGGAGCGAGCUAGUCCAAGCUACUGUUGAGUCCUGUAAUGGGGCGGCCAACAACAAUGUCUUUGAAGCCUCAAUGUAUACACAGGCAGAAAAGCUCCUAUUAGCACAGUCACAGCUUGAUUCAUUCCCGGAGGAAUUCAGAGCUUUGAAAGCUGGAAAGCUUAUCCCGACAGACAGUCGCUUGAGUUCUCUCGCCCCAGAAUAUGACGAAAAUACUGGUCUUAUCAGAGUGGGUGGACGACUUCGUCGGGUUGAAUCCCUGCCUUCUGAUAUCAUUCACCCGAUCGUCCUAGAUCCUCAUCAUCAGGUCACAAAGCUACUCAUCCAAGACAUAGAUCGGCAACUACAUCAUCCAGGUGCAGAGCGAGUGCUAGCAGAGCUACGUCGUAGAUACUGGGUGCUUAGAGGCCGUGAAGCUGUGCGCAAACACCAGUAUUCUUGCCAGGAUUGCCAGUUUUGGCGUGCUAAGCCACAGAACCCACAGAUGGCCGACUUUCCACCCUGUAGGCUUCGUCUGUUUAAGCCACCAUUUUACUCCACUGGCGUAGACUGUUUCGGGCCCUUUCAGGAGGUGAUCACGAGUUAA